GCUUUCAGCCUUCGACAUGUGAACAACGAGCCCGCCGUCACCACACCACACAACAUAACAAUCAUGGCCACGAAUAGCAUAAAAUUGCUUACGGGCAAUAGCCAUCCUCAGCUUGCGAAUCUUGUGGCUAGCAGGCUCGGGAUUGAGCUCACCAAGAUUUUGGUGCUACAGUACUCGAACCAGGAGACAUCUGUGACCAUCGGCGAGUCUGUGAGAGAUGAAGAUGUCUUCAUCCUACAAUCCACGCCUCCGGGUGAUAUCAACGAUGCGCUGAUGGAGCUCCUCAUCAUGAUUAAUGCCUGCAAGACCGCGUCGGCGCGCCGCAUUACUGCUGUGCUACCCAACUUCCCGUAUGCACGCCAAGACAAGAAAGACAAGUCGCGAGCGCCCAUUACAGCGAAGCUCAUGGCGAACAUGUUGCAAACGGCCGGCUGCAACCAUGUGAUCACGAUGGAUCUGCAUGCUAGUCAGAUCCAGGGCUUCUUCAAUGUCCCGGUGGACAACCUAUAUGCGGAGCCGAGCACCCUAAGGUGGAUCAAGGACAACUUGAAUGUGAAGGAGUGUAUAAUUGUCAGCCCAGAUGCUGGCGGCGCGAAAAGGGCAACAUCUAUAGCAGAUGGCCUUGACCUUCCUUUUGCCUUGAUCCACAAGGAACGUGCACGGCCGAACGAAGUCUCCAAGAUGGUUCUCGUUGGAGACGUUAGCGACCGGACUGCUAUCAUCGUUGACGAUAUGGCCGACACCUGCGGAACUUUGGCGAAAGCCGCGGACGUUGUCAUCCAGCACGGCGCUAAAGAUGUCAUUGCGAUCGUCACACACGGCAUUCUCAGCGGAAACGCUAUCAACGCCCUUAAUGGAAGCAAACUGAAGAAGAUCGUCGUAACGAAUACAGUCCCGCAUGAGGAUAAGAAGGAGCUCUGUGAUCGUAUCGAGACGAUCGACAUUAGCCCCACUCUUGCCGAAGCGUGUCGGCGCACACACAACGGCGAGAGUGUAUCUUUCCUGUUCAAGCACGCACCUGUCGAUUGAGGCUAAUGCGGAUCACAUCAGGUUCGGGCCGUGUUUUAGAUUUGCGAAGGGUGUUGAUUGCAUAUUGGAGUUUCUUGAUCGAUACACGUGGUGGAAUACACCCCUUUCUUUGUGGCUUUUCCAAAUCAUCCUCACUAUUGAGGAAUUCGGCUGUGCUUCGGCGACCCAUGACUUCACAAAUCCUCAUGAUUUCACUCGGCGGUGUCCGGACUCUGCAGGUUGCAUUUCGCACGAUAUCUGCUCGCUACACCAUUUUCAAACUGCGCUUGAUUUGUUUUGGUGCAGCUGAACGUUCAGACGGGGACCGUGCACGCUCAGUAUGCAAAUCACUCCGCACGAACUAAUGAUCCGUAGCAGGUAGCGAGUGAUCUGCAUUCAAUGAACAAACAAGACACCCCUGUCAAAGUC